AUGGCUGCUCACACUUACAGUAGUAUCAAUCACCCGGCGAAUGGGAUCGUGAGGUUUAGUUUGCUGCUGCUUUCCAUGGGCAUGCUGGGAGUAGCAUUCGCUUGCAAUGGUGGCUACAAGAUAACGUUGAAGAAGAUCGAAAACUGCGCCGGACCGGAUGCGGUUAUUACGGUCGAUGAGAACUUUACGGUCGUGCUGAACGAGAACUGUGAGAUACAGACCAGCGGAUGCGUGCACAUAAAGGACUUUAAAACGGGGAAAGCCGCAUACGCGAUUACCAAGAGUGGAAGAAAAGUGCUUCAGAGCUGGAUUGACAUCUGUGAUAAUUCGUCAGCAUCAUUCGGGAUGGAGCUUUUCACCCAGUUCCUGCGUAGCCUUGGUGUACCGGAAUCGUGCCCCAUGAGUGCGAGAACAUCUUGCAUCGAACCAAGCCAAGCGAUAAACAUCAGUGCCUUCAAGCAGUACCUUCGUCUUGUCCGGGGUGCUAUCGAUGUAGAAGUGGCCGUACUACACGAUUCGGGAGAAAGCUGCUUGAAGAUAAGUUUUGACGUCACCAAGUAA